CUCUUUUUCAGUCAGCCAGCUAUUCAACGGUUUCCGCCUCCUAUCUCUCGCAAUUUGGGCAAGCCUUGUAGCAAAGCAUCUUUCACUGCUACCAACCAUUCCACGGGGAGGAUCUCCAAAUCACAAUAGUAUAUGAGGCGAUAAGAUGACGAUCACAGUACGCAUCUUUAUUAUUUCGCUUCUCUUGUUCUUUCUCAAUACAGGAUGCAUUGCUGCGCCACAAGGUCAAAUGCAACUCUUUCUUCCGCCUUCUCUUUCGACAUGUAUGCCUAUUCAAAUUCAAUGGAACAAUGCAAUCGGUCCAACUGCUAACAUAUCGGUUUUCACAUUGACAAAUCAAAGUACGCUCAAUGUAGAACCAGCGAGAAGGUUUAGCAAUUUAGAUGCAGAAACAGGCUCAUAUCUUUGGCGUAUAGAUUUGCCCAGCAAUCAGAAUGUGAUCGUACGUCUAACCGAUUCUGCAGGUCGUUUGGUCGAUUCUCCUCCUACAACAAUCGUUCGUAGUGUGGCAAGUGAACCUCCAUGUAAAAACAAUCACAUCGUUCCUUCUCUAUUUCAACAAAUGUCAUGUGAGUAAACGCAGUAUUCAAUGUGUAGGAAAAACAAAUCCAAUUGACACUCUAUUUUCACACCCUCACAGUCAAAGGACCUGUCGGCGUUGA